ACGCCUCCUACCUCUACAACUUCAACUGGAACCACUGUGGGACCAUGUCCGAAAAAUGCAAGAAGCACUUCAUCCAGGACACCUGUCUCUACGAGUGCUCCCCCAACCUGGGGCCUUGGAUCAGCAAGGUGGACCAGAGCUGGAGGAAGGAACGGAUCGUGGACGUGCCCCUGUGCCGAGAAGACUGCGAGAACUGGUGGGAGGACUGCCAGGACGACAUGACCUGCAAGGAGAACUGGCACAAAGGCUGGAACUGGACUCAAGGUCAGGGGGCUGCCCGGCCUGUG